GGCAUCAGCAUAAACCUGCCCCUGACCAUGUGCAGGACACAUUCAAGGGCCGCUCCCCUAUGUACCGUUACCUGGUUGUCGGCCAGAAGGUCGACAACAAGGGGGUCAUGAUGCUGCGUUGCACUUUUUGCAACGAAGUAUUUCAGGGGAGCCAAUUCCAGGCGACGAGGCAUUUCACGCAGACGAACUACUGCAAGGACGUCAGCGAUGAGGCUUUGUACGAGAUCGCGCGUUGGAGUCAGCAGAAGUUCGAGAGCGAUCAAAUGGAGAGGGUUGCCAGGUACUCGGCGGAGCGCGGAGUCGAUGUGCCUGGCACGGGUGGUGUGAGGGGAGGAGAGGCGGGGCGGCAGCCCGUGGAGGGAGCGUUAGAAGGGGUCAGGGGAGAUGGUGGAGGUGGAGACACGGAGGAGGGCGCGAUCGACGUCGAUCGCGAGCUGCGUGUCCCGGGCGAGCAGAGAGUCCCGGGACACGAGCACAUGCAUGAGGUUUAUCCAGGCACUGGGGAGAGGAUGGAGGACUUUUUGAGGCGAGCAGCCAAGGGACCUGUAGGGGAGGGUUCUUCCAAGAGGAAGGAAGGUGGAACAGAUCCGGUCGCCGCCCCAGGUGGGAAGAGGCUUCGCCAGCAGAAGGUCACUGACGUCUACGGUGGCGAGUGGGUUGCUCGCCACAAGAAGACAUUCCUUCGCUGGCUCUAUUCCAGCGGGAUCCCCUUCAAUGCCUUUCGCAACCAGGCUUGGAAGGCAUACCAGCAGGCGGUGGAGACCCAUCGUGAGGAGCUGGCGGAGGAGUUGGAGGAGGUGAGGCAGCCAUUAUGGAUCACUGCUGCCACCCUCCUCUCCGACGGGAGGAAAUCACAAGAUGGGAGACCGAUCGUGAAUUUCCUUGCCGCCGGCUCGCGAAGGGUCAUCGUCUACACGACGAUCAAUCGCGAGGGCGAGCCGGACGAUGCAGUGCACGUCCUUCGGAGAUGGGUGACCAUCUUCCACGAGUUUAGUUUCGGCGGCCCGCAGCGGGUCAAUGCGAUAUGCACAGACUCCGCAUCGGCGUACGUGGGGGCUGCGAGGGCAUUGGCCUCGCCGGGCAUCCCUCCUGCAAUCAGAAGGAUCACUUGGCUUCCGUGUUCCGUCCAUGUCUGCAACAAAUUGUUGUCAGACAUGGGGACGAGUUGCGACGCGUUUGUGAACGCGAUUACACUCGCUCGUGUUCUGGUGGUGUUUUUCAAAACCCACCAGGCCGCCCUUUAUUUCUUUAGGAAGCGCAGCCCCAACAAGGGGUUUGUGCUUUCUUGCGAGACGCGGUUCGCGUCUGUUUAUUCUAUGUUGGAGAGACUGUUGGCCUUGCAGGACGCUCUGCAGGCGAUGAUGCGAGGGGAUGGCGGGCUGGAGUUUGCUUUUGUACUGUGGUCCGCCGAUGUGUGCGACAUGACGCGUUGGGCUCGCACACAGCACAUGCUGGAGCCUGCUCACUGCGCGGGGUUCUUACUGAACCCCCGUAGGCGACAUGUUGAGUACUUUUCGGGCGAGGUAAGGGAUUACCCUCCUUGGCUUGUAAGGCAAGCCAAAAGGUACAUUUUGACGCAGACGGGUUACAAGGAGGAUGGCGUGGAGUACAUCAUUGUAUGUCGGCAGUUUGAGGACUUCCACAUGCAGCAGGGCACAUUUGGGGAUUGGGGAGGGGGGGAGGGGCGUGCUUGUGGGCGUGCUUGCAGCGGCGACAGGGAGACGAUUGAGUGCGCGUCCUGGUGGUCUCAGUACGGGUCUGGCGCGCCUGAGUUGCAGCGCUGCGCUCUUCGUGUGAUGCACAUGUGGUCUUGCGCCUCUCCAGCGGAGAGGAACUGGGCAGUCCACGAGGGCAUUCACACGAAGAAGCGCAACCAGUUGGCCUUUGAGAAGGUCGUUCAACUCGUUGAGAUCACCGCGAAUGUGCGGUUGUCGGAGUAUCGGCGGGCUGGGUGCGGUUAUGUGCUGCCAUGGCAGCUGGACGAGGGCAUGCUAGACUACCAGGCCGGACUGGAGUUGGAGCCAGUGCGCACGGGCACGCGCAAGGGGAUGACGCCGGAAGAGAUUGCCUGUCAAGUUGCACUUAUCACCCGGGAUCCCAUCGGGGUGUCCGCACCACCCACGGCUGAGGCCGUAUUCGGUAGACAUGCUUCCAUUUUCCGUCCUUACCCCAGGGAGGAUGAUUCCGACGAGGAGCCCGUACCCGAGGCAGCGGACCACCCCGCGCUCUGCAUUCCCCGUGAGAUCGACGAGACGCACCUGGAUCCCGAGGAGGACACCAGGGUGCAUACUGCACGACGGGACGCUAAGAGGGCAGAGAGGGAGAUGAUGGGGGGAGAGGAGGAGUUGUGGGGACCGUUCGGGGAGGUCGCUUCGACAGGCGGCACAGGAGCGCGGACGACGAGCCCCGCUCCGACGAGGCAGGAGUCGUCCAUGCCGCCACCUUCUGCCAUCGCCCUCCGACAGUUGAGGUUACGAUCACCUUCUCCGGGGGUCUUGCAGGAGAAGGGGGGACCGUCGGCAGCAGCAGUGGAGGGGGAGAUGGCAGUGGAGGGGGGAUUGGCGGACACGACGAUUGCAGGUGUGGUGGACCAGAUAGCUGUAGCAGCAGCGGCUUCAUUGCUAGAGGAGAUGGCAGCUUCAGUGUUGGUGGAGGAGGCACCAGUGCCAGGGGGAGCAGAUGAAGUGGAGGGGCAGGCGGGAGCAGCUGGAGGAGCAGCGGGAGGAGCAGCGGGAGGAGCAGCGGGAGGAGCAGCUGCACUGGAUGGGCUUGUGGUUGCAGCAGCAGGAGCAGCUGGAGGAGCGGAUGCAGUGGAGGGGGGAAUGCCAGGAGCAGUGGAGGAGGAGAUAGGGGCACAGGCGGAGGUAUCGCGUGGGGAUGGGCGCCUCAUGCAGCAGUUCCUCACGGAGCAGUACGAUCCGGUCAUGGCGGGUAUGACCCCAGCAUCAGGUUGUGAGCCUCAGCGAGGUCGCGGCAGAGGAGUGUCCGCCGAUAGCUUGGAGUACGCUCUGAUGGCAGCGACGCGUGCCGUACAUGAGCAGACUCCACGCAAGCGCGGAGUGCCUCCUCGUCCACGCCCCGUGCCCGCAGAGGGAGGAGAUGCACUUGGAGAGACUUCCGGGGCAGAGGGGUUGGGGAUGCCUCGUGGAUCGCGCCAUGAGCAGACGGUUACAGAGGCUAGUGCGAGGGUUGUUGUGUUGAGGAAGGCAGGAGCCCCUGUCACCAUCGAGGAGGAUGAUCUUGAGACAGAUGUGGCAGUGCGGGAGGAGGACGAGGACUAUGAGGGCGAGGAGGAGGGAGAGGAGGAGAGUGAGAGAGGUUCCGAUGGUGACUACGACCACGACGAGCACGAGCCCCCACCUCCCCCACCGAAAGGUGCAGCCAGACGGCGCGCUGCGCAUACUUUUUCAUCAUCACGAGGGAGGAGGAGUUCGACAUCCGGCACGCGAGGGGUUACGAGGAAACAGAGCGGGAAGGGGAAGAAGCGUCGUUGACUGAUGAGGCCAACACUCCUUUUUCCCCUGCUCGCACUGUGGUUCGUCAUGUUGUGCGGUCCUAG